UUUUCAGACAUGUACCUUCCAAUUGCCUUCUCUUCUUUUCACUAUUGGUAGCUUACGGAUGCAUACUCUCUCUCUCUCUGUCUCUCUCUCUCUCACACACACACACACACAGGCCCAUCAUGCUUUGACUUUAAAUUUCCUCAGCAAACCCCCUUUCCCAACUUCCAUCUGGAUUCUAUUUCUAUUCUUGACUUUAAAUUUCCUCAGCAAACCUCCUUUCCCAAUUUCCAUCUGGAUUCUAUUUCUAUUCUCUCCAGUUUAAGAAUCAGAUAGAUUUUAAUCGAUAGCAUUCAAACUCUGUCAUGGUUUCUUUUCUUUCUUUCUUUCUUACACAUAAUGCUGAGUAAGUUCCAUUACUGAAGUCUCAGUCCAACCCAUUGCUUCUCUGGCCAAAAUUUCCAUUUGUGCUUCCACUGAUUUCUCGGGUGUUUGGGUUCCUGGAAAAGAAAUGGCACGUCCAAGUUCAGUUGUAGUCACAAUUGAGAAAUCUCUAGUGGAGAUCAGUGGUUCACAUUCAUCUGCUUUUCCUGACAAACAAAAAGCUGCAAGUCCCAAGCAAUUUACAUGGAUUCUUCUCCUAAAAGCACACAGAGUUCUCAAUUGCAUUCCUUGGCUGGCAAUGGGCUUAUGUUCUGUGUUUGCUUCAGUUAAGAAACGAAUUGCUCUGUUCCAAAUGAGCAAAGAAGAGCCCAAAAGUAAAGGGAAGUUGUAUAAAAUUCUCAGGGCAUGUCUUGCUAUUUCAAUUGUAUCUUUAGUCCUUGAAGUUUUUGGCCAUUUUAAGGAAUGGAAUUUGAAUCUGAUUCAUCCUUUGGAGGUUGAGGAUCUUUUGCAAUGGUCUUACAUGGCUUGGCUGUCUUUCAGAGUUCAUUAUGUUGCUCCUUUGGUUAUAAUGCUUUCUAAGUUCUGCAUUGUGCUUUUCAUGAUUCAAUCACUCGAUCGGCUAGUGCUGUGUAUUGGGUGUUUCUGGAUUAAGUACAAGAAAUUGAAGCCAAGGAUAGAAGGAGAAGCAUAUGACAUCGAAGAGGAUGGUUCGAGUUUCCCUAUGGUCCUUGUACAGAUUCCCAUGUGCAAUGAAAGAGAGGUAUAUGCACAAUCAAUAUCUGCCACCAGCCAGCUAGAUUGGCCAAUGGACCGGCUUCUAAUUCAAGUCCUAGAUGAUUCAGAUGAUGAAGAUGUACAGCUUCUGAUACGAAAUGAGGUAUCCUCAUGGAAACAGAAAGGAGUGAACAUAAUCUACAGACAUCGACUCAUUAGAACGGGUUAUAAAGCUGGCAAUCUUAAAUCAGCAAUGGCCUGCAACUAUGUUAAGGACUACGAGUUUGUUGCAAUAUUUGAUGCAGACUUCCAGCCCAAUCCUGAUUUCCUUAAACAGACAAUACCUAACUUUAAGGGAAAUCCCGAGUUAGGCCUUGUCCAGGCUCGAUGGUCAUUUGUGAACAAGGACGAAAACUUACUCACGAGGCUUCAAAACAUCAACCUCUGCUUUCAUUUUGAGGUGGAGCAGCAAGUCAAUGGUAUGUUUCUCAAUUUCUUCGGGUUCAAUGGAACUGCAGGUGUCUGGAGGAUUAAGGCUUUGGAGGAGUCCGGAGGUUGGCUUGAAAGAACAACAGUAGAGGACAUGGACAUUGCAGUUCGAGCCCAUCUCAACGGGUGGAAAUUCAUCUUCCUUAAUGAUGUCAGAGUGCUCUGUGAAUUACCAGAGUCCUAUGAAGCAUACAAAAAGCAACAGCACCGUUGGCAUUCAGGUCCAAUGCAGCUCUUCAGAUUAUGCCUUCGCGCCAUCAUAACUUCCGAGAUAUCCAUAUGGAAGAAGGCCAACUUGAUAUUUCUCUUCUUUCUCCUACGGAAACUGAUACUCCCCUUUUACUCAUUUACGCUAUUUUGUAUCAUACUUCCUUUAACUAUGUUCAUACCUGAGGCUGAAUUACCUAUUUGGGUAAUCUGUUAUGUCCCCGUUUUGAUGUCUCUUUUCAACAUUCUGCCGACUCCAAAAUCUUUCCCAUUCUUGAUGCCAUACCUACUGUUCGAAAACACAAUGUCCGUGACAAAGUUCAAUGCCAUGGUGUCAGGACUGUUUCAGUUGGGAAGUGCUUACGAAUGGAUUGUGACUAAGAAAACUGGCAGGUCGUCUGAGUCUGAUUUAUUAGCGCUCGCUGACAAGGAAUCGGAAUUUUUGAGUCAAGAUAAAAUUCAUAGAAGGCUUUCUGAAUCCGGGCUAGAAAUGUUGAGCAAACUAAGGGAAGAACAAGUCCCUCUCGUUAAGAAGAGAAACACACUCUACAGGAAGGAACUUGCACUUGCUUUUCUUCUACUCACUGCAUCUGCAAGAAGCCUUUUAUCAGCACACGGAGUUCAUUUCUAUUUCUUGCUAUUCCAAGGGCUGUCUUUCCUUGUCGUUGGCUUGGACUUGAUUGGUGAACAGAUCAGCUGAAACAGAACAUGUAAAAUAUCCGAAUUCAAGCACUAGCUUUUAGCAACUUAUACUGCAAUUGAAGAAUUGACUCCCGAUUAUUAUAGCAUUAUAAAUUUGGGUUUGAAACAAGAUUUCAUCAUAGAUUAGGAAUAUUUGCUGUUGGAACUAGCAGGUAAAGAUAACAUAGAGUUGCUUUUUUUUUCUACAAUUGUAUGUGCUACCAGUAUUUUAAUAUAGAAGAAGCAAUUCAAAAAUCUUUUUUCUA